UCCGACAUUGACCACGUCAAUGUUUUGCUACUUCAACCUAAACAUAAGCAUCAUCAUCGAUGAGAACCACUAUAUUAAAACUAGUUAGCUUUGCAUUUUGCUUCGCAUUCUCUGUUUGCUUUUCUUCAGGUUUUGGUCUCCCAAAACCAAAGUUAAGAAUAUCCGACUGAAAUUGGGAGGAAAUGGGUCGGGGUGUCAGUGCCGGCGGUGGACAGAGUUCUUUGGGUUACCUAUUUGGAACAGGAGAGACCACUAAGAAUACCCAAGUUGCUCAGAACCAAGAGCCAGCAACAAAAAAUGGGCCUUCACUAAAGACUGCUGCUGCUUCACAACCAAUCGAUAAGCAGAUUCCAGCAGGUGUUCAGGGGCAUCUUACGAACAAUUACUCCCGGGUUGAUGGGCAGAACUGUGGCAACUUUAUUACGGAUCGGCCUUCAACCAAAGUUCACUCUGCCCCUGGUGGUGGAUCUUCGCUGGGGUACCUCUUUGGUGGUGGUGGGAACUGAUGUCUUUGAUCCUCGUGAAUGCAUCAGUCAUGCACUAUGAGCUGAUAUCAUUCAUUAUUGUUAAAAUAAGUAUCUCUUCUAUGAAAAAAAAUGUACUUUGUCCUUGGGCAGUGUAGAAUUGUCUGGAUGGAAUUUAUGUGGCUGGACAUACUUUGAUUUAAAGAAAUGGAAGAAGAAAAAACAGAGGUCGUGGAUUUUAUAUCAAA